AUGGUAAGGAUGCCACCUCUGCCACCUCCAGGUGCCCGAGGGAAAUGCUCAGGGACUCUCUUACAGUUCCACUCUGCUGGAGGAGGGCAAGGGAGAAGAAGCAGCCUUUCAGAAAGGAAAUGGGAUGGGUUGGAUUCAGCGUCAGUCUGGACCUAUUUUUCUUUCUUAUCUGUUGUGAUUUGCUAAAGUGCUUUUAUGACUUGCAUAUGGACAGGGCUGGCAGUCAAACUGCUAUCUGAAGAACUUUAUUCUUUUAUACUCGAUCAAAUACAUGAAUGAUAUCUGUUUUAAAGCGGUGAUUCUAAGCACUCUCGCAGCAUGUUCCUGUGUCUCGAUAGAAUGUGUAUGUUCCGUUCAAACUGAGAUUUACUCACAAGAAAGUGUUGUCUUAAAAUCAGAGGAUUGUAACAUUUAAGCAUAUGCUGUAUUGAUUCAUUUGUGGCUUAUUUCAAUAUGAUAAAGUCUAGUGUGUUGGUAAAUGGUCACAAAUAACCUUGGACCAAAAAAUGUGGAUAAGUAAGGUUAUAAUAGAACAUACUCAUUCUCCCUUAGUAUGGGACAGUGGAAGAGACAUCUGAAAAAAUAGGAAGGGGGGAGAGAAAGAGAAAGACGGGUGGAAGAUCUUGAGGAGAGACUGAAGGGGGAAAUCCUGUAUAUGUCUAUUCUGAAGUAAGACCUGCUGAGUUCAAUGGGACUUACUCCCAGUGAAGUGUGUAUGGGGUUGUAGGAUGAUAAAAUGAAGUGCAGUGAAUUCUAUGUGUUGUAGCCAAUACCGCAGAAGACAGAAUCAGGAGUCAAGAUAACAUUAACAGAUUGGAGAACUGGGCCAAAACAAACAAAAUGAAAUUCAGUAGGGACAAAUGUAAUGCUACAGGAAGAACCAGCUGUACAAAUAUAAGAUGGGGAACACCUGGACUACUGUACAAGCAAAAAGGAUCUAGGGGUCUUAGUAGACCACAGGUUUAACAUGAGUCAACAGUGUGAUGCAGCAGCAAAAAAAAGAGCUAAUGCUGUUCUAAGCUGCAUUAACAGAAGUAUAGCGUCCCGAUCAAGGGAAAUAAUAGUCCUGCUCUAUUCUGCCUUAGUCAGACCUGGAGUACUACUUCCAGUUUAAGAAAAAUAUUGACAAGCUGGAAUGCGUGCCCAGGAGGGUGACCAAGAUGAUAAAGAAACCAAACAUUAUGAGGAAUGGUUGAGGAAACUGGGUAUGUUUAGCCAGCUAAAGAGGAGACUGAGAGGAGAUAGCCAUCUUCAAAUAAAGGGCUGUCACACAGAGGAGGGAGCAAGCUUGCUUUCUCCUGCUCCGAAGGCUAGGACCCAAACAAAUAGUUUCAAGUGACAAGAAAGGAGAUUCCGACUCAACAUCAAGAAUAACUUUCUGACAGUAAGAGCUGUUUGACAGUGAAACAGACUCUCAGGAGAGGUGGUGGGCUCUCUUUGCUGGGAAGGUUUUGAGCAGAGGUUGGAUGGCCAUCUGCCAUGUGUGACCUAGUUGAGAUUUCUGCAUUGCAGGGGGUUGGACUAGAUGACCCUCGGGAUCCCUUCCAGCUCUACAGUUCCAUGAUCUAUGUGUGUUUACUUAGAGGAAGUUAAGCCUUAAGGUGCUCACUCCAGGAAAGUGUGCUUAGAAUUGCAGCUUUAGGUUACUAUUUUUUUCUGAACACAGAAAGAAAGUAUCUCACAGGCCCAACAGAACAUCACACCAAGAAGAUAAAGAAGUGUCACAUUUGGCUAAAGACAUGAUUUUAAACAUAUACAUACAUAUAGCAUCACCUGUGCCCAUGGUGCUCUGCGGAAUAUAAAGAAAUGGGUCCUUGCCCCAACUAGCUUACAAUCUAAAAAUUCUACACAAGGGGGGAAACAGAAAAAUACUCAAGAGGAAGAAUAUCUGAAAACUUCAGUUCUCUCUCUGGGCUGGGACAUAGGAAUAUAGGGAGUAGCCUUGUACCGAGUGAGACCCUUGCUCAUCUAGCUUGGUAUUGUCUACACUGACUGGCAGCAGCUCCCCAGGGCUUCAGACAGGGAGUCUCUCCCAGCCCUACCUGGGAUGCUGGGGAUUGAUGCCUUCUGUGUACAAGGCAGAUGCCCUACCAUGGAGCUACAGCUCUCUCCCUUCUAUUUUAAGUGUACUGUAAGAAAGAAGUUCAAAACUAGUUGAACUAAGGAUGUCUCCUAAUUAAUCCUAGCAUGGAUGAACAAUGUUUUCUCUCCAACCACCAUCUUCAAUCCCUCUAGUAUAGUUAUAUGCAUCUCUUUCUUCCCCUUCCAGCGGUCCCUUUUGCUUGCACUGAUUCUCCUUGCCUGGGCAGAGGCCAAGCGACUGGGUGGCCACCACCGACACCACCAGAACUGCUUUGCCGCAGAGGAUGUGCAGGAAGGGUACGUGCCCACGCUGUUCCGGAGCAGGGCCACACGGUGGGAACGCCAAGCUCCCGUGCAGCUGGUGCCCUACGUGGAGGGUGAAGAGGCCAGUCCACGGAGGCAGCGGAGGCACCACGAGACCACCUGCCCCGAUCUGAAGGUCCAGGGCACUCUGAACAGGGAAAUCCACGAGCGCUCCAUCUCACCAUGGACAUACCGGUAAGGGCACAAGACAUAAAAAGCAAGGGUGAGCAUCUCAGAUGGACAGGUGCAGAGGCAGUUUUAGGGUAGCAUGACCAGUGCGGCUGCACUGGGCACCACACUGCUGUAGAAAGGAGCGCAAGGUGCAGGGGGGGGUGCCAGAUUUUAGUGUCACACAGGGCGCUGCUGAAAUUUGAGAGCCCAAAGUCUGCCACUGACAGAUGUGAGUGUACUAAACACCACAACCAAACGGUAGUCCCCCAGCCCACAUGGCAACUCUUCGACUCUUGCUAGGGUCUGUUCCCAAACACCCCUAAUAAGGUGCAUCCUAUCAUUUUAAUUUUAUAAAGAUCUUUAUAUACCCCUAUUUGUGUGUUUUUUUAAAAAAUCAGAGCAGUUUACAACAAUUAUAUGUAAGAUUUUACAAUAAAAAUAUGAAAUGUUAUAAUGAUAAAAUCAGAAAUCAGCCAGCUGUUAGGGAGAUAUAUAUUCUGAUUGCCAGAAUAAGCCUGACAGAAUAGAAAUAUAUUCAGCAGGUGUUUAAAAGUUGAAACAGAAGGUGCAUCAAGUUCAUACAAGUGAGCCAGAGCUGUAGGAGAAGUCUUAGAGGAAGGAGAAGUCUUAGCAAAAGCGGCUUGUCGUGCAAGGAAAAGAAUUUGCAACAAACUAUAAUUUCCAUAAUUCCUUGAGGGUGGGAAGAUAGAAGUCAUGACAGUUAGACAGCUAUUAAGGCUAUUGUUGUGGCUUUGAGUUCGCCUAGCUCACUCUUCUUUCUCCAUUCUUUUUAAACCAGUAUUGAUGAAGAUGAGGACCGCUAUCCACGCAAACUGUCCAUUGCAGAGUGUCUCUGCAAAGGAUGUAUUGAUGUCAAGACAGGACAAGAGGUGACCUCGCUCAACUCUGUGCCGGUGUUCCAGAACAUGAUGGUGCUGCGACGCAAGCCGUGCCAACACAACGAUGAGGCCGCUGGCUUUACCUUUGAGGUGAAGUACAUCGAUGUGCCCGUGGCCUGCGCCUGCGUCCUCCCCCGAUACAGCAGCUGA